GCCGAGCCGAGCCGCUACUGCACAAGGUCCGAGGCGUCACACUCCACAGAAACGGGUUUAUUAUGGCGUAUGCCGGUGCUCGGGGGUGUUGGCGUGGGGAUAGCUGUCACCGCCUGUGUUGGGCGAUGCGUGUUCCGCCAUAAAACAUCCAGAAAGUGCAGGAAAACCCAACUGCACGGCUGCAGACCGGCCGUGGGGAUGAACGAGAUCCGGAAUGUGCAGUUAUAUUAGUCAACAGCCUGGGAGCUGUCUCCUUUCGUUUUCUGUAUUUUAAGCCACCUAUCUUUACAGAAUGAACCACGGUUGGGUUUUUUUAAAUGCUUUCUUUUUUUUUUCACCUCAAGACUUUUGAUCGUCUUGUGCUCUCCCGUGACGUGACGUGACGUUUCUGCAGUCGAGCGGUCGUGAAUGUCGGGGGGUCGUAACUGCAAAACGGGCCGACCUGCUCGUUAGUAACGCAGCCAAUGACGAGAAACGCAGACGAUGAGCUCGGCGCGGUUGGAUUUCCUCCCCCCAUCGAAACUCUUGCCUUGUCCGAGGUUUACAAACGAGAGGCGGGCACGUCGUUGCGUGUAUUGCUCAGACCGUGUGAACGGGGCUGCCUGUCACCUUCUCCGUCUCUUGAGUGAAGGCGCUCACAGCCCGAUGUCAUUGCGGCCGAGUCGCUGUUGCAGCUGCUGGCCGCUCAGAUCGUGCAACCAAGACGAAGCGGUGCAUGACUGUAAAGGUUUCUGAAGGCCGAAGGGCAGAGCGAGGGCCCGGUCAUGUACAGCCCCAAGGACUUGGAGGGGGAGGUGGACCACUCCUUCUUCGACAGCGACUUCGAAGAACCCGGCGGGGACGGGGGCGUCCGCAGGGACGAGGAGGAGCCUCCGGAGGCCCGGGCUCCAGGAAGACCGGGAUCGGCCCCGGGCAGAGAGAGCUCCUCCGAGGAAGAGAGGGGGAGGAGCGCAGGUUCCCCGUCCGGCGCCUCCUCUCCGCUCUCCUGCGGCGCCGGGUCCGAGCCGGAGAGAGCCCCCGGGAGCCGGCUAACGGUCCCUGUCCUGGCCAGGAUCGCGAGCGUGUCCUCAGGCGAGGGAGAGGACGAGGGCGGCUCCAGCAGGAGCGAGGGGGACAGCGAGGAAGAGGGGCCGGAGCCGGCGCCCCCUCGGUGCCGGUCGGCCCACCACGGGGGCCCGAAGAAGGCCAGCGGAAAGUUCCGGACCCACAGCCCGUCCCCGUCCUCCUCCUCCUCCUCUGAGUCGGAGGGCUCGAGCAGCGAGUCAGGGGGCCGCGCCCACGGGCCCCCCCCGCGGCGGAGGCCCCCAGGGCUGCUGACGGUGUCGUCGCCCAGGCGCCGCGCGAAGCUGGGUGUGACCAGCGGGAAGGAGAGGCUCCGGCUGCCGGAGGAGUCAGAAGACACCGUUACGGACGUGACUCCCUUGUCCACCCCGGAUAUCAGCCCCGUCCAGUCCUUCGAUCUGGCCCUGGAGAAGAAAGGGGCCGGGAGGCAGGAGAACCUGAGCCUGGAUCUCUGUGGGGAGCUGGGAGAUCUGGGCUCUGAACAAGAAGGUGAGAGGAGCUUCCCAAAGACAGGCCGAGCCUCGCUAGAGUCUGAUGUGGGUGCUAGGCAUGGCCACAAGGUCUUAAAUGAUGCCAUGGAUCUUAAUCGGCUUCUUAAAGCUUUUAUGAGCCUCGAGAGGAAGAUGGAGAGGAGUCUGGUGAUUGAUUGUCCUCCCGGACAGCCCCGAAGGAACUUCUCCUUCAGCAGCGAGGAGGUGCGGCGCAUCGACGGGGAGAACCAGAGGCUGCUGAGGGAGCUGUCCAGGCAGGCGCUGAAGCCCAGGGGCAGAAACGGCCCCACCAGGAAACCGGCCAGCCCCCCCGGGAAGCUGUACCACAGCGCCCUCAACAGGCAGCGCGAGCAGCAGCGCAUUGAGAGGGAGAACAUGGCGUUCCUGAAAAGACUGGAGUCCGUUAAGCCCACCGUGGGGAUGAAGAGAUCCGAGCAGCUGGCAGACUACCAGCGGCAGACCAGAUACCUGGGUACAGGGUUGUCCACCAGAUUUGACAGGUCCCCCAGCAGCAGGGCAGCCUCCUCAGGCAAGCCCUCAAGACCAUGCAGUGCCUCGGGUGCUCGCGGUACCAGACCAGCCUCCACCAUGUCCAGAUCCAGCAGGGCUGCUGAGCCCAGGACAGCUUGGUCCUAAUCCCUGCUCCGUACCUCCGUGCUGUUCGCCGCAUGCUGAACACGGCUCGUAUCCUGCAGUACAUCACGCAAGUCUCGUUGAGCUUCGGUCAAAGUGGACAAUGCAGUAUCGGAACUGCUCAGACCUUGAAAAUAUCCUUAUCGAGCGCAGAACAAAUAGGCUAUCGAUAUUUUGGUAAGAGUUGAGCAGUAAAUGUUGUGUUUGUGUGAGGUAGUGUGACAUCUGUGAGGAGAUUUGUAAAUCCGUGGACCAAAAUUGUAAUCCACUGAAUACGUCUUAAUUUCUAAUUUCUAACUCUUGUGGCAGAAGAUUUAUAUUUUAUAUUGUGGCCAAAAUGUAUUGUUACUGUUUGUCAAUAAAGCUUCUUGUUACAUAAA